GGUUGCCAUGACUAUGAAGUAUGGUGCAGCAGUAAGAAGAGAAACGAGACGAGAUCGAGACACUGAGACGGCUCUGUUGCCAUUUUACCAGUAUUGAACGUUUCUCGUUCUCGUUCACACUUGGUGACCUCGUUGAGUUUUAUUUUCUGUGCAUUUUGUUUUGCUGCUUGAUUAUUACUCGAAUAUUCAUUAUUUUCAUGUUUGGUUGUGUUUAUUGGACCGCAGAUAUUCGCGAUUGAUGAGCAUUUGAUCGAUAUCCAGCGAUAUGAAUACUGCAGAAACUGAACUUUUGAUUAAGCUGGUGAAGCGAAACCCUUGUCUGUACGAUCCGUCUCAAGAUGAUUACAAGCAAGCAGAAGUCAAAGAAACUAUAUGGGUCGAUAUAGCCAAUGCUCUGAAUAAAGAUGUAAACACAUUGAAAGCAGACUGGAAGAAACUCCGAGACUGUCAUCGAGACGCCAUGAAACGUCGAAUAUUCCCACAGACCGAGAAAGACCUCAGAAUUACCAAGAAAUGGAAAUACGAAGACCAAAUGGAAUUCUUGCUAAAUUUCAUGACCAAUCGACGAGGCAAACCAUACCACGAUCCAAACGGUAGCAGCAACUUCGUCGUAUACGACGAAAACGAAAACUCUGGUACCGGAAUAAAUGCAGAUACAUAUUCUCAAAGCAGCGAAGACGAAACUCCUGCUCCUGCCAGUAAGUUGACCACACCGAUGUAUCAAGCUCGCCAAUUUAACCAACUCAGCUCCACUUCUGCAUUCGCAGAUGUCAAUCAUUUAUCCAGUUUGUUGCCUGUGCACCCUAAUGAAAUAGCUAACGAAAUCGAGCUGUUUUUUAAUGCCAUGUGCGCCACUACGAAAAGACUACCGACCAAGUACCAGAUACAAAUUAAGAAAGAAGUUUUCAAAAUUGUUACCCAGUGCGAAGAAGCUGUUUAUGAAGCUGGUCAAUCGAUCUCAAGUAUCAAGCAAGAAAUAUAAAUUUAGAAUGUCUGAGUAAAAUGAGAUUUUUUUUGUUGGAUUGG